AGUACUUAGCAAGAAGCCUUUUUUUCCUACACCCAUCCAUUUAAUUUCUCCAAUCUUCUACACCUACCAUAUAUAUCCACCACGCCAUCAUUCAACAGAGAUGGAUUCAAGCCCAGGCGUUACGCAGCAGAAAAUUAGCAUACCAAACAAGGACAAUGACAAACUUGUGGGUGUGCUGCAUAACACUGGAUCUCCGGAUAUCGUGGUGCUGUGCCAUGGUUACGGGUGCACUAAGGAGAACGAAAUAAUUGUUAACUUAGCUUCUGCAUUGGCAAAAGAAGGAAUAAGUGCAUUUCGCUUUGACUUUGCGGGAGUUGGGGAAAGCGAGGGCACGUUUAAGUAUUGCCGCUUCCAGGGAGAGGCUGAAGAUUUGCAUUCUGUGGUGGAAUACUUCACUGCGCAAAAGCUCAAAGUAGCUGCCAUUGUUGGACAUAGCAAAGGAGGCGAUGUCGCACUGCUAUAUGCUUCAAAGGAUCAGUACGUUCAUACCGUGGUCAAUGUCUCGGCUCGCUACGAUGUGCAUAGAGGCUUUGAUGUGUUUUUUGGAAAAGACUACAUGCAAAGACUCAAGACCGACGGAUUUAUACGUGUCGUUGACAAGGAUGGAGUCGAACACCGUGUUACCGAAGAAGAAAUGAUGGAUCAGCUAAGCACAGACAUGCAUGAAGCAUGUGCCCAGCUUGACAAAUCAUGCAGGGUACUGACCAUUCAUGGAUCGAAAGACGAGAUCAAUCCGGUUGAAGAUGCUUUAGAGUUUGACAAGGUCAUACCAAACCAUAAGUUGCACAUAAUUGAAGGAGCUGACCAUUUUUACAAAUCACAUCAGACUGAACUGGUUUCCAUUGCCAUCUCCUUCAUAAUGGAAGGUUUGAAGUAGAACUCAAAGCGCUCUGUUACGUCCGAAAAUCGUGAAUAUAUUCCUAAUAGCGUUUGCGGUUGCGUUCGACGAAGAUUACCAUGCAAUGCCUCUUUUAUGUAUAUAUAUAUGGAGCAAUAAAAAAGGACAUGAUGAUCAUCACGUUUAAAUUCAAGAGAUCAAAGACUCUUUAAAUUUCAUAAGAAGUGUUAUGUGAUCAAAAUAAGUACCUUAGCAUAAAAUAAACAACGAGGUUGUUG